AGUUUGCGGUGCCCGCCGAGGGGGGCCUCGUCCCGCCGCUUGCGGGGCUCCGCUGCGCCCGGCGGAGCGGGCGCCCGGGGGAAGGGGCGGGGAGGGGCCGGACCGAGCCGCGAUGAAGAAGCCGGACGGGAAGGUGGUGCUGCUGGGGGACAUGAACGUGGGCAAGACCUCCCUGCUGCACCGCUACAUGGAGAGGCGCUUCCAGGAGACGGUCAGCACCGUCGGCGGAGCCUUCUACCUCAAGCAGUGGGGGCCGUACAACAUCUCCAUCUGGGACACGGCAGGACGGGAGCAGUUCCAUGGCCUCGGGUCUAUGUACUGCAGAGGAGCUGCUGCUGUGAUCCUCACGUAUGAUGUGAACAGCCUCCAAAGCCUGACAGAGCUGGAAGAAAGAUUCUUGGCACUGACGGACAGUGCGAGCGCUGACUGCAUUUUUGCUAUUGUUGGAAACAAAGUUGACCUGGCGGAUGACUGUGCUUUACCACCGGAUGAAAAUAGACCUGAGAAGUCUCUUGCCAGCUGUGGCUCGAAGGUGCGAAAACAAGUCCAUGCAGAGGAUGCGAUUGCACUCUAUAAAAAGAUACUGAAAUACAAAAUGCUCGAUGAGAAGGAUUUUCCAGCAGCUGAAAAAAUGUGCUUUGAGACCAGUGCAAAAACAGGGUACAAGGUGGACUACCUCUUUGAAACUGUGUUUGAGAUGGUAGUCCCCAUAAUUGUACGGCAGAAAGCUGAGGGGCCGCAGCAAACUGUAGACAUUACUGACUACAAGCCAGCAAAAAGGACAAAAUCUGGUUGUUGUGCCUGAACCAUUGACAUGACAUGAAGAAAAGGGGGAGGGAUUCUUUGCUCCAGCAAACUGAGGACUGGCAAGUGUUUGCAGUUCACCAGAAAGGAGAAGUCAAAGAAUAAAUAGGCUAAAACGGUGCAUGAGAAAAACCUGAAUCUACUGACCAUUUAAAGUUUCUGGGAAGUUCUGUGUACGAAAGUGGGAAUGUGAGUGAAAUUAUGGAGGAAGACUUGCCAGUUUCCAUGGUCUCUGAAGAAAAACGGUAUUUUAGUCCAAUUGGUAGCGACAAUCAAUUGAACAGUUUUGAAGGAGUCUGAUUUUUUUUAAUGACUCACCAUUUCAUCUUGCAUGUAAAUGACCUGACAGCUUUCACAUGUUUAUAAUCUUUGCCCUUGCAACUCUAACUUUGGAAGAUUGAAUACAUGGUACUUUUAUAUUCUUAAGAAAAAAAGAAAAUCCAAGUAUAAUUUAUAUUUGUAGCUAAUAAAUCAAUUACAGUUGUUUUAUGUCAGAUAUAACAGUGUAAGAUUCGGAAGCCAAACGAUUAAAAUCACUGUGGAUACGUA